AUGCGAAUCCCAAGACUGGCGCUUCUCGCUCUCGGCUUGCUCUGCGCAGUGAACGCCGCUAACUCCAACACCAAGAAGGAACUCGUGUCCGAGUACGUCCACGUGCCGACCUCCUGCGAUACCGAGAACUGCGUGGCGGGCGGCUGCCUCUUCGAGAACUGCGCCUCUCCGCUGUCGUGCAAGGGCGGACUCUGCUACUUCCGUGGCGCGACGUAUUCCGUGUCUCGAGGCAGCAAGUGCAAGACGGCCGUGUGCGAAGGAGGCGCCUGCAUCUUUGACGACACAGCAGAUGCCUCGUGUCCAGGCGGUGGCUGCAGCUUCGUGAAUGUACCGAAUACGCUGGCAGACGGAUACUGCGACGGCGGCGGCUGCACGCUGGAAGGAGACAGUCACCCAUCCAGCUUAUCCGGGUCGCUUGCCCAAUGA